AUGGAGACAAAUGGAAUGUUCUCUAACACGUCUGGAGGGUCGGGAAUGUUAGGGCUUGAAAUGUCGUUAAACCACCAGCAAAAUCCCAACUUCCUUCACCAGCAACCACCGUUCGCGGCGGCGGCAAAACAAGGGUACCCGUAUGCAGCUCCAAAACAAAGAGCUUCACCAAUUAGCGACGAAGAAGAGCCACAUAGCAACAAUAUGAACAAUCCGUCUACCACUGAGGAUAGCGGCGGCGAUGGGAAGUUGAGAAAGGGGUCACCGUGGCAGAGAAUGAAAUGGACGGAUAACAUGGUGAGGUUGUUGAUAAUGGUGGUUUUCUAUAUCGGAGAUGAAGGUGGGUCGGAGCAACCAAGUGGGUCCGACACGGCGGCGAAGAAGAAAGGCGGUGGAGGUGGGGUUUUACAGAAGAAAGGGAAAUGGAAGUCGGUUUCCAGAGCGAUGAUGGAAAGAGGGUUUUACGUUUCUCCACAACAAUGUGAAGAUAAAUUCAAUGAUUUGAAUAAAAGAUAUAAAAGGGUUAACGACAUUUUAGGGAAAGGAACUGCUUGUAAAGUCGUCGAGAAUCAAAGUUUGCUCGAAACCAUGGAUCAUUUAUCGCCGAAAUUGAAGGAAGAAGCCAAGAAAUUACUCAAUUCGAAGCAUCUUUUCUUCAGGGAAAUGUGUGCUUAUCACAAUAGCUGCGGCGGAGGGAGUGGCGGAAGUGGUGCAGCCCACCAUUCUUCACCACCGGAAGUCACCACAACCGAACAACCUCCACACCACAGACAAAAUUGCGUCCAUUCAAACAACGAAGACGAAGAAGACGACGAUGAGGGAGAAGAUGAUGAAUACGACGGUGAUGGCCACCCCGAUGAGGAGGAGGACGACGGCUUAUCAAGCCGAAAAAGAGGUAGAACUGCAGAAAACGAUGGGCAUGACGGCAUAAUCCAACAAUUUAAUGGCGAAAUCAGUUGUGUGAUGCAAGAUUUGACAAAAAGCGUAUGGGAAAAGAGGCAAUGGAUGAAGGUAAAGAUGAUGCAAUUGGAAGAACAAAGAGUAGGGUUUCAAGGGCAAUCGUACGAAUUAGAGAAGCAAAGAUUGAAAUGGGUGAAAUUUAGCUGCAAAAAAGAGAGAGAAAUGGAGGUGGAGAAGCUAAGGAAUGAAAGAAUGAAGCUUGAGAAUGAAAGAAUGGUGCUUUUGUUAAGGCAAAAAGAGAUGGAAUUGGUUGAUCUUCAACACCAAUACUCAUCUAAUCUUCAUAAGAGAACAUCUGAUUAA